AUCCGCCACACCAUUGCUGAGUGAAUACACGAAACGCGUCUCACGUCAUGACUCCGUUGAUGCAAUGCCUCUUUCGCAAUAACGCCUGAAGCAGCGCAGGCUGCGUCUCUAAAAAUCCAUGUCGCAACACACGAUCAACGCGGACAACAGCAACUUCGUCCUCUCGUGGCUCGACCAAGUCGCAUCGACAUCCUCUUUCCGCUCGGCCAAGCGACGUCGCCCUCUCGAGGAGGUGCCCUCGUCUCGCCUGAACUAUCACGGAAAAGCCAUCAUGAGCUCAGAAAAGCAGCCUUUGCCCCGGCGUCAGAGUCCUCGUCGUAAGGAUGAACCAGACACUACUCCCAACACCGCUCUCCCGCUCUGUUCGUUGACCAGCCAACCAAUCCCCAUCUUGCCGCCUCCAAGUCUCCCCUCCGAGUCCCAGUCCUCCGCAACCGGAUCUGUCUCUCCCGCUCGUACGCUGCGUGGUAGACAAGCUACGCAGUCCGGAUCGACGAUUGCGACAUCAACAAGUAGUCCCUCUCGCCGCCGUUUUAAGGACAUGGUGGCCCUCGAGCUGGCAAAUCGUCCGGUGCAAUACCGUCGCCUGGGUCUUAACACAGUGCGUUUCCAUCGUCGCGUACUCUCCUCUUGGGUGAGGUUUGCUCAUCGAGGCAUUUUCCAACAACGAAGUCGGGUUAGAUAAGAAGGAUAUGCGGCCGGCUUUUUUUCCCUUGCUUUCAGGAACAGAACCGAGAAGCCAAUAUCAAGCUUGUCAAAGAUUUCAAGGCUCUUGCUGACAAGAAGGGCUGCACUAUAUCGCAACUUUCCCUGGCGUGGCUCUUGAAACAGGGCGAGGAGAUCAUUCCAAUCC